UAAAUGUUGUUUUCUAGUUUAGGAAACGUCCUCCUUUUAUAAUUUAUUAUAUUGAAUUUGUUGCUAUUUUUGUUGUCUAAAUAACAGUAAAUUAUUUGUUAUUUAACUAUCGAUUUAUAGAUGGAGUAGUUUUAAAGAAUUGCCCGAGGCAGUGUUAAAUAGAUUGUUCCCUUUACGUUAUUAAACCCUUUACGAUAAUUUAUGAUUUUCAAAUGAAUUUUCUGUCAUAGCAUCGAAUAUUAUUAAUAAUUAUUCUUACGAAUCAGAAAACUUUCAGUGGUUACCGCGGCAACGGUACGUCACGUUACGCACCGUGACCCACGCUUCUUACCCAUAAUCACUUUUACCACUCAUUUCACCCGCCAAUUGACUACAGUAAGUAUCUCAACUCAAUGGGUGUUUGUUUGUUUGUUAAAAAGCACGCAACACCUUUGCUGUUAUUUCUUUAGUUGUAGUCAACCCUGGAGAUUAGGUUGAAUUUGUUACUGUUGCAUUCUCAUUUACACGGCUACCCGCCGCUAUCCAGCCAAAUGACAGCUGUUCCCGGCACAGCUGGAUUGUGGCACUGCUAACCACUGCUACCAAAAUCAGUUUAAACUCAUGUAUUUGUCCAUGUGUUGUGAAGACAACAAUUAACAACGAGUUGUUGCAGUGGUUAAUGUUUUAUUCAAAGUGCGAAGUAAAUGUCAGAAGUGUAACUAAGGGGAAUUACCAGAAUCAGGGAUGGACUGGAAUAAAAAAGUGGACCUGGAGUCUUUCCAGAGGAUUUGACUGCUCAGUGCGACUUAAUGUCAUAUACCUGAUAUAAUCAAUGCACAAUUAAAUAGAGAGAUAUAGAUAGAAUAACCUGUAACACUAUGGUGCCAUACUUUUGUAAGACUUUGCCAUUUCAGAAGACACUGAAAUCAUCAUGACAUAAUUGAGGGUAAUUGUUACUUUAGUUAUGUGUGACAUUGAGAAGACAGAGCAGUGGAUAUUCUGAGAAGCAUUUUACGCAACAGGACAGAAAAAGACCACUGUUUCCAUUAUUUGUAGGCCUAAAUAAAAAUAGAUUUGUGUAUGUACUUGCUUGUGUCAAGUGACUGUGGUACAAAUCUGACAUUUGUACGGUAAGGAUUGAUUUGUAUUUUGAUAUGAUAUUUGUGCGUAGUGGUUGUGAUUGAUUAAUAUUUAUAUUUACUCUGUCCUAACAAUUAAGAAAUGCUCAUUUACUACAAAGGCUAUUCUAAUAAUCUUUUGCUUUUUCCUGUUUUACAGCUUUAUUGCAACACUUUUUGCCUUCACCAACACACACAUAUAUACACACACGCACACAAAUCAAAACAACGGCACUUUUAAGAGCCACACUCUCUCUCUCUCUCUCUCUCUCUCUUUCUCACUUGUCUCUUUCGAUCACUCUCUUUCUCUAUUUCUUCAUCUUGUUUUUUUUUUUUUUUUUUUUUUUUGUGUAUUGUUUCUAUUUGUAUGUGAUGUCCCUAAAUUCUGACGUCAGGGUCUUUGAUGAUCCCAAUGAUGCCAGGAUCCACAUGGCAGCAUUGAUUAGUGAUGCUUAUCUCCAUGAUGCCAGGGCUGCCAUGGCCAAGAAAAACCCUGCCUUUCCCCAAAGAAAAAUGAGAAAAAGCAGGAAGAGAUCCCUCACUAAUCCACUGGUCACAGGCAGGCGUGAGAAACGUCGGGAAACACACUGCUCUGCAUCAGCUGCUUCUCAAUCCAGAAGAAGGGAUCCAGUGCAUGAGGAAGGCCUUCAGAUAGAAGAUCAAGAGUUGGCAAGUCUUGAAACAAGACUCCAAGAGUUAAGGGACACUAUAACUGCAGACCAGGUUCCGGAGGGAACAGACAGAAUGGUUUCUGCUUGGGAACAAAGGCAGCUUCUCACAGAUGUGAGAAUGAAAACUGCUAGGCCUAUGCUUUUUGAUGCAAAGCUCUCAGCCGAGAGAGUAUCCGUCCAAAAUUGUCACAGAUGCUGUGCUGUAGAAGCUGUGAUUAGGUGCCUGGACUGUGUACCACUGGACAUGGAGUACCUCUGUGCUACCUGUGACAUGGAGGCUCACAAGAGAAAUAUCUUCCAUGACAGAGAGGCUGUGUUCCAUGGAUUUCUUGAGCCCAUUCCCCCUACAACUGCUGUGGUGCUGAAUGAAAAUGGCCAGCCUCAGUUUUGUGAACAAAUAUGUCAACUGCCUGUUCCUGCACCAAGGUCAAUUUGUGAAUGCACACAUGACUUCACAAUCACUCCAGGGAAGCAUAUUUCUGUGGUCACCAUCAAUGGACGAUACGAUGUCUGCUUGCCACGGAAAUCCUGUUCAUCAUGCUCUGCAGAGUGGACUCCCGAGUUGAAAGACCUGCUCAUUUAUCGGUACUGGCCAGCUAGCACCAGCUGCCAGACCCUGUACAAGUUUGAUGUCUUCACCUCGUCUGAACAUAUGAAGGUGACGGCACCAGCCAUGUCCAGGCAGGCCUUCCUGAAAAUGUUGGAGCACAGAUCUGUUCAAGCUGGAAGGACAGGUAGUAUCUGUGCUGAUACAUUUCAGCGAAGCUUUUUUGAGUUUACCUUCUGUCAAUACAAAGAAGAGGAUAUGUGCCAGGUCCAUCAUUUUGAGUGUCCAGCAUGUUAUCCAGACAUGUUGGCUGUCUGCUCUGAUGGGAACCGAAAACAUUACCGCUUCAGCAAGUCAAAAGGGACUGAGGAGCCACCCAUAUACGAGGGCUUGUUCUUGGCCAAGGACGAGGAAGUUGCUACCUUUGUUGACCUCGCCAGAGGCAACAUGAGAAGUGUAUGA